AUGCAUGAACUAAAAAGAUUCACCAUCCAGAAGAAAGAAAAAAACCACACACACACACACACACACACACACACACAAACAACAACACACAGCAUGAGCUGCUCCAUCUGUCAGCAGGAGAGCAAAUACAGAUGCCCAGCAUGUUCGGCGCGCACGUGUUCGCUGGCAUGCUCAAAGCAACACAAAGCCUCCGAGAAGUGCUCAGGACUCCCUGAUCCCACAAAGUACCUGAACCGAGAGGCUCUCUUUACAGACACAUCUGUUAACAGAGACUACCGGUUUCUCAAGCGGCUGGAGCGAGAUAUUGUAGUGCGCAAACAGGAUGGCGAAAGCAUGCCGAUUUUCAAGCGGGCUCGAUACAACCAGAACAGAAAAGACGGCAAGGAUGGCAGUGUGAUGGAGCGAAACGGAGUCAAGAUACACAAGGUGGCUCAAGGGAUGGGACGGCAGAAGCGGAACCAUAGCAGAUGGGAUCCUAACAUCAAGCAGUUUUGUUGGACUGUCGAAUGGGUGAAUGUUGACACUAACGAGACCAUGACUGUGGACAAGGUAAACCCUGUGCAGUCACUUCUCGAGUGUUUCCAGAAGAGAGGCAGUGAGAAGGGUGGGAAUGGUGAUAAUAAGGGUGAACGGAAGGUCGAGAAGAACGACACCGAGCAAACAGAGAUGAAAGAUGAACAUUCAAAACAGAAGGAUGGCGACAAGAAAGACGAAGAAAAAGAAGUGGUCCCGUUAACACCUAGAUCAUUCUACAUGAAGAGAAUCAAGUCGAAGAACACAUCUCCAAUUCUGUUAGAUCCCUCAAAGCCUCUGUCUGAAAAUCUGAAAGACAAAUCUGUCGUGGAAUAUCCUACCAUCUACUACACCAACGAAGAGAUUGUUGCGAGUGACAGCGAUAGUGACAGUGACAGUGAUUCCGACAGCGACAGUGGUUCCGAUGAUUCGGACGAUUCGGACGAUUCAGAUGACGACUCUGAUGAUGACUCUGACUCAGCUCCUGAAGAGGAGAGUGCUCGACAACCAGAGAUGCCUGACAUUGUCAAAACAUUGGCCGACUCAGCUGUCAACGACAUGGCCGGCCUAGAGGACGCCUUCGAAAAAGCACAAGAGGAAGGAAAGCAAUAG